AUGACACUCCAGGUCGACUUGGGUCGAAGCAUUCUUCGCGCCGAUUCCAACCUGCAGUUGCAGCUGGUCGCGUCGAUGAACUGCAAUCCUUCCCUCCACUGGGACCCAACCAUACCGAUGGACGUCGAAUUCUGGUCAGAUUAUGCGAUAUUGAUCACAGAAGCUCCGUUAGAGCUCGAAUUGCGUUUGCUUGUCACCGGAGAGUCGAGCUUGGAUACUACCUUGUCCAUGUCUAUGCCAUCGAUGGUGGACAGACUUUGUAACGCUAAGAUUUGGCCGGACCUCGGGUUUUCUCUGAUGUUCAAAAACUGCGAUAUCGUUAAAGAAAAAGGUCAACCUGGGAUCCAUCGUCUCACAUUUGGAUUGAAGAAAAAGCACGAGAUUGCCGCGUCAACAAAAGGCCGGACUUUGCCCGCUGUCCUACAAGAUCCUCCCUAUGCUCGCCCUCCAUCUACCACCCCGACGAUGUCACUAGCAUCAAUUGAUAUUUCGCUGGAGUAUGGUUGCUCCUUUGAAAACAUACAACAGGUUCAUCAACUGUUCGAUCUCACAAUCAGGCCGAAUCGAACAAGGCCUGAUCCACUGGUCCUUGCAGCAAGCUUUCUCAAGGCAGAUAUUGUAAAUUUUCUUUCUACUGAGCCCUUGACAGGCCAGGAAAACACACCGAAAGAACUGUCACAAGGCCAAUCUUGCAGCACAAUAGAAUGUUUCAAAAGCCUCUCACAGCCAAGAGAUUCGAGCACCAAUGGCGUAUCUCAAGAACUUUUUCGACUGCUUGACUUUGCCCUCCAGCGAUUGACAAUAUCCACACUCAUCAAAGACCCCGAAAUCCAGGUACUCGGUCAAGAAUCUCUACGAAGCAUCCCAGAAACUGCACCGGCGGUUUUUAAUCCAAGAUAUCGUGAAGCAAUCAACCAGCGAGCAGUGUCAAUCCCAAUGAUUGGCAAGGCUGUGUGCUCAAUACUUGAAAACAACGGCAGUCCCAUAUUACAGGGAAAAAUCAAACAGCUGUUACGAGGCACCAGUGGCUUAACAAGGGACUUUUCCGGGCGAAGUCCAUCAUUAACGAACCCAAAGGCCAUCAUCCAGUCGGCCCUUUGGCGCAUCGCCGAAAUUCAACUACGCAAUGUCAAAUACCCUCAGAAAAGAAAUACGGUCUCGGCAACAGACCUAGUCCUCGAGGAAUGCCACCCCCAAGAUGCUUUGCUUGUUCCGUCUUUAGAACAAGACAUGCAAAAUCAUUGCGCGUUUCCCGAGCCAGAUCGGUACUAUGGCACUGAUUAUGAGGAUGAAGACGCAGACGCAGACAUCAUUCAAGACGGUCACUCCGAUGAAUCGGAAGACUUGUUGUUCGAGAACACAAGUGAACACAGCUUCAUGGAUAUUGUUGACCCAACACAAACCACCAUGACGAGCCUUUUCACAGAAGAUCCCCCUUCGGCACCAUACUGUGUUGAGAGCGAGAUGCUUCUAUCAUAUAUGGAGCAAGGUGCGUUCGAAGAAAGUGACGUGAUGGAGGUACGGUAUUCACAACAUGUAGAUGUUGAUGAUUGGGAUUUGAUGUUGGACGAAUAG